UUUCCAACUCCCAUCACUAGCAAGCUAAGAGCAAAAUAUAGGAUUGGGUGUUGGGUGUGCGAAAUUAAAAUAAAAGCCGUAUUUGCACAGAAAAUCAUUCUAAAAUAAUUAUUCACUAUGGAGGAAAACGAAAUUGGACUGAUAAGUAGUGGCAACCUUGUAGAAGUUUCUGCUAUCCUACAGAAUUUUCUGAAACAGAAUGAAAAUGUUACUGCAUUUACAAAUUUAUCUGGCAACAACAGAAGAGUUAUACUGUGGACCUCCAUUUUUCAACAUCUUCAAAACAGCUCCUCAGAGUCAAUCCAUGCUCUCUGUCUUGCAACUAUAAGAGUGCUCAGCCGAGAUAAAACAGACAUAGAAAACCUGAUGUGCGAGAAAUGGAUCACAAUACUAAUUGAGAAAGCUGGCUUGUACAACUUCAUGAGAGUGGAUGAUGAAGCCAUGAUGUCGAUGACUAUGCCACCUCAAGACAUUGUGGUGGAGGCCAUGAAGUGCCUCUGCAACAUUGCUUUCAACAGCGAAGUGGCCCGAGCUCUCUGUGCCCACACGAGUAUUGCUGAGGGCUUAGUCGGCAGACUCCGAACAUACAAAGAGAUAGCAUUCAAAGAAGAUAUAAUGCUAUUUGACAUGAAAUUACUCUUCAUUCUAACAGCACUAAGGUUUGACAUUAGAUCGAAGAUUAAGGGGGAGUUGCACGGGUUGGACUACCUGAUCAGUUGUCUCGGAGAGCUACUGCUGGAAGCCACAGUGACCUCGGAGGGGGCCGCGGCGUCCACCAGCAGUGGACUGAUAGAAGAUGACCAGCAUUGCUUGCUCAGUGACAAGCAGCAAGCGAUAGCGUGCGAGAUCCUCAAGGCGAUGUUCAACCUGGUGCUCCAGUCCUCGGGCGAGGAGGCACACGAGUCGGAGGAGGCCACAUACCUGAAGCUGAUGCCGGUGCUGACCUCCUUGCUCCACGCUCACACCAGUACGGAGGAGAAACUGAUGGAGUUGAGGAGUAAUGUGGCCAAUUUGUUGACUAGUGUGCCGCCAAGCUACUACCCGUUCCUAACGCCCGAGCUGGGCGACGGUGAGCGUGCGCAGUAUAUGUAUGAGGGCAGGAGUAUGGACGCGCUGCAGUCGCUGGUCAACUUGCUGCAGAGUAGACUGACGCUGACUACUAACACAACAAACCAGCACGAGAACCUAUCGCCAAUCUUAACCGUCAUGAUCAAGGGGUCCCGCGGGUGCCGCGCGCAACGCAAGUACCUACGGCAGGUGGUGCUACCCCCCCUGCGCGACGUGUCUCUGCCGCCGGAGAGGGGGACGGCGUUAAGGAACCAGCUGUGCAGAUUGUUGACGACACCGGUUAUGAGUGUGAGGGAUUUGGUUGCGGAGUUCCUGUUUAUAUUGUGCAAAGAGAAUGUGGGCCGCAUGGUGAAAUACACCGGGUUCGGCAACUCGGCCGGCCACCUCGCGCAAAAGGGCCUUCUCGGCGGUCCUCAGGCGUCCUCACAAUACUCCUCCAGUAGCGAGGACUCGGAUACUGAAGAGUACCGGGCGGCCGAGCCCCGUAUUGAUCCUGUAGUGGGGUGUACAAGACCCCCAGCUAGUAACCCCUUUGAGGGGAUGACUGAGGAACAGAAAGAAUACGAAGCCAUGAAGCUAGUGAACCUCUUCGACCGUCUCGUCUCGCACGGGGUGGUGCGGCCGGCGGCGGUGGGCGCGGACGGGAGGCCCCGCCCCGUGGAGCAUGUCUGCGAGCUGAGGGACCACCCGCCUUAUAGGCCGCAGUCUUAAGGUGUCUGUAGGCCGCGGUAUUAAGCUGUGUAGGCCGCAGUCUUAAGGUGUCUGUAGGCCGCGGUGUUAAGGUGUGAGGCUGUAGGCCGCAGUGUUAAGGUGUGAGGAUGGAGGCCGCAGUCUUGAGGUGUAUGUCUGUAGGCUGGAGUUUUAAGUUGUAUGUGUGUAGGCCGCAGCCUUAACUUGUACCCCUAUAGGCUGAAGUUUUAAGUUGUACUUCUGUAGGCCACAGUCUUAAGCUGUGUGUCGGUAAGCCGCUGUUUUAAGUUGUACUUCUACCGGUCGCAGUUAUGAGUUGUACCGCAGUCUUGAGUUGUAAGUAAGCGACAUACGUGGAUAUGCGGAUGCGUAAUUUAUUGUAUCAGGUAUAAGUUAAAAGCAACUGUCGAAAUCAAGUUCUUUUUAACUUUUCAUAAAAUGUAUAUGGGGUCAUACUGUAUUCUAAUUCUUAUAAGCUAAAACUGGAGUAUUAUAAAUAUGAAAUAACAUAAGAUAAAUAGUUUAAAGUAAAUAUUCCAUUUGAAAUGUCUUGUAAAGGUACUUAAUCUAUUAAUUAGAUUGUUACGUAGCAAAUGAGAUCUCGAAACAACCAUUUCAUUACUGGAGUCAUUAAACGGCAUUAAACUAAGUAAGUACCUACCUAUUAA